AUGGCCAAGCUUUCAACUCUGUUUUACAGACUUUUCUUCUUCCUUGUCUGUUUCUCCCACGACCCAUCAUCCUAUGCAAAUGCAAUAUUUAAGGUUUAUAAUGUCAUAAAUUAUGGAGCUAAACCCGAUGGCAUAACGGACUCCACCUUGGGCUUCCUUAAUGCAUGGGGUGCGGCCUGUGCUUCAGUAAAUUCUACCAUCAUAACUGUGCCAAAAGGAACCUACGCGCUUGCCUCUCUGGCCUUUAAAGGUGAGCACUGCAAAAGCUCUGGUAUCACUUUCCGGAUUGAUGGAACGUUAGUGGCUAAGGCGGAUUAUCGUGUGCUUGCCCAGCCUAAUACCUGGCUUAGCUUUGAAGCUGUUACCGGCGUUUCCAUUGUUGGAGGAACACUGGAUGCCAAAGGGCCACCCUUGUGGGCUUGCAAAGCUGCUACUACCAACUGUCCCACAGGAGCCACGACGUUGACCUUUACCAAUUCUAAAAAGAUAAGGAUUGAGGGAUUAAUGUCAGAAAACAGUCAGAUGUUCCAUAUUGUGUUUAACGGCUGCCAAAACGUACAUGUUGAAAGAGUGAAAAUCAUGGCCGCCGGUGACAGUCCGAACACAGAUGGCAUUCAUGUCCAAUUAUCACAAGAUGUCACAAUAAUGAAAUCUACCAUAAAAACGGGGGAUGAUUGCAUCUCCAUUGGCCCCGGAACGAAGAACUUGUGGAUUGAACGCGUCAGAUGCGGCCCCGGUCACGGCAUUAGCAUAGGAAGUCUUGCAAAGGAAAUGGAAGAGGCAGGGGUCGAAAAUGUGACAGUUAGGAAGGCUGUUUUUGUUGGUACCCAAAAUGGGUUGAGAAUAAAGUCGUGGGCUAGGCCUAGCAAUGGAUUCGUCCAACGGGUCCGCUUUUUAGGAGCUCUUAUGAAGAAUGUCCAGAAUCCCAUUCUUAUAGACCAAAGUUAUUGCCCUCACAACAUCAACUGCCCUAGUCAAGUGUCGGGUGUAAAAGUCAGUAAUGUGAUGUACAGAGGCAUUCGAGGAACAUCAGCAACACAGAUUGCAAUAAAAUUUGAUUGUAGUUCCAAGAAUCCUUGCAGUGGGAUUCGACUCGAAAACGUCAAUUUGACUUGUCCGAAUCAAGUGGCUCAAUCAUUUUGUACCAACGCAAUUGGGAAGAACCUUGGCUUAGUCCAACCUAAGAGUUGUUUGUAA